UCCACAAUGAUGUUGAAAAAUAUCACUAUAAAUUCAAAUUGAUAAACAUAUAUAACUACUUGAUCAAACUUUUUCAGAAUUAUCUGGUCAUUAGAAAACUAAAACCUAGUAAGAUAUAUCCAAGUAUUACCGUUGAUGUAACAUCGUCCAAGUUUGCCCAACCCAAUAUACAUCAAAGUCACCAAAGUAGGCAGAUCCCAAUAAAGAGAAUUCCAAUUCAUCCAUCCACUAAGGAACUCACCUACUAACUGUCUACAUGAAAAUCAUGACGUUUUAGACCAUUUGCAGAAGAAAAGAAAAGCAAAAAAAACCAAUUAAUGUUGUACAAUUCCAUUUGUCAAUUUGCAUCCCAUGUUUUAAGGCUCAGAAGCCAUGGAAAAGAUUGUAAUCCUAGUAUUUUCAUGUCCAAUCUUAAUCUUUGUCUCUAUUUAUCAACAUACAUAGUAUAAAGCAACAGAUUAUUCCAUCAAAAAUUCAACCAAUAACAGAAGAAAUGAUGAACCAGAAGAAGAAAAUGGGUAGUGCAGUUAGAAUUUGCAUACACGCACAUGCACAUUCACUGUAAAGUAAUGGUUGACUCUUUAAUUCUUUCUGAUUUGGAUUGUGACUUUCACGGUUCAUCUCCAGCUUCCUGCCUUGUCAAUCAGUCACACCCUCUCUCUCUCUCAUCCUUAUCACUUCCCUUUUUCUUCUUUUAUUGCUCUUUUAUAUGAUUAUUUGCUUUCCAUGCUUUCAUUGGCUCAAAAAUAAAAUCCCAAUUUUCUGUCGUAGUUUUCUUGAACUUGUAUUGAAAUAUAUGCUUUGUGACUUCUCAGGAUCAUCAGAAUUUUUUCUUUAUCCCAGUCUGAAGCACAUCUGGCUAUGAAUUUCUGAAUAUGUUAGCAACUGGAGAAAUUUCUUGAUGAUUGUCCUGUAUAUGUAAGUAACUCUACAUUAUUGGGACAGUUUAUGUCGUUUCACUUCGUUAUAGUUGUCCUAGCCAUGCCUUAAAUGUUUCUUCUUCCAACAAUACACAGCAGAAUCAUGGCCAUAUUCAAUUGAAAACACGACCUCGAAUUUAAAGGGACACAAGACUUAGUUGUUGUUGUUUGAGUCCUACUUGUCUUGGUUCUUCAUAAAUGGAAAUCCAAAAGCAAUUGAUUUUUGCAUUACAUUUUUGUUGCCUAAUUGUCUUUGUUCAAUCAUUAAAUGAAGAGGGAAAUAUUCUCUUGGAGUUCAAAAAUUCCCUUAAAGACCCUUAUCAUAACCUUCAAAGCUGGAGUUCUUCAGAUUCAAAUCCUUGCAAUUGGACGGGUAUAGGGUGUUUAGCUGAUUUUAAGGUAACUUCGAUUCGUCUUGAUGGCCUCAGUUUGUCUGGUUCGUUAUCUUCGAUCAUUUGUAAACUGCCUUACUUAGUCAUGGUGAAUAUAUCGAAAAACUUCAUUUCCGGUCCAAUUCCUGAUGAUUUUAAUUGUUUUCGUAAUCUAGAAACUUUAGACCUUUGCACAAACAGAUUCCAUGGAGAAUUUCCUACCCAAAUCUGCAAUGUUACUUCCCUCAGAGAGCUUUAUCUGUGUGAGAACUAUUUAUUUGGGGAAAUCCCUGACGAAAUUGGCAAUCUAAGUUUACUCGAGGAGCUUGUCAUUUAUAGUAACAAUCUAACCGGAAUAAUUCCUUCUUCCAUUGGCAAACUGAAAACUCUUAGGAUUAUCAGGGCAGGUCGAAAUUAUUUAUCCGGUCCUCUUCCUGCUGAAAUCACUGAAUGUGAGAAUUUGGAAGUUCUAGGCUUGGCAGAAAAUAAGCUAGAGGGUCCUUUUCCUAUUGAGCUGCAAAAACUGAAGAAUCUCACCAGCUUGAUUCUUUGGAAAAAUCAAUUUACGGGUGAAAUUCCUUCUCAAAUAGGUAAUUUCACUAGCUUGGAAUUACUUGCAGUGCAUGCAAAUUCAUUCACAGGAAGCAUUCCCAAAGAAAUUGGGAAGUUGUCUCAGCUGAAAAGAUUGUACAUGUACACAAAUCAAUUGAAUGGAACGAUCCCACCAGAACUUGGGAAUUGUUCAAAUGCUAUCGAGAUUGAUCUUUCAGAAAAUCGAUUGACAGGAGUUAUUCCAAAUGACUUGGGUCGAAUUUCUAAUCUCCGUUUGCUUCAUCUUUUCGAGAACCUCCUCCAGGGAAAUAUCCCCAAGGAGCUUGGAAAGUUGAAGCAGCUUAAGAAUCUAGAUUUGUCCAUAAAUAACUUGACCGGCUCAAUUCCUAUUGAGUUUCAAAAUCUCAGGUUCCUUGAGAGUUUUCAACUUUUCGACAAUAUGUUUGAAGGUAUCAUCCCUCCAUUUAUUGGGGCUAAUAGCAACCUCAUUAUCCUUGACAUGUCCAUGAAUAAUCUUGUGGGCAGGAUACCUAAAAAAAUAUGCAGGUUUCAGAAAUUGGUUUUUCUUAGCCUGGGAUCAAACAAGUUGUCCGGGAACAUUCCUCGUGGCUUAAAAACUUGCAAAUCUCUCGAGCAUCUAAUGCUGGGUGAUAACCUUUUUACAGGAAGUCUUUCUAUUGAAUUCACAAAACUUCAGAACCUUUCAGCUCUUGAGCUCUAUCAAAACCGAUUCUCAGGAUUGAUACCUUCGGAAGUGGGAAAUUUUACGACCUUAGAGAGGCUGUUAUUGUCGAAUAACCAUUUCAUCGGCCAAAUCCCUCCCGAGAUUGGGAAACUUGUAAAGCUCGCUGCAUUCAAUGUAUCGUCCAACAGGUUCUUUGGAAGCAUUCCUCAAGAAUUGGGAAAUUGUUUAAAGCUCCAGAGGCUUGAUCUUAGCAGGAACUGGUUUAGUGGCUCUAUUCCAGGAAAGCUUGGCGUGCUAGUGAAUCUGGAAUUGCUGAAACUAUCAGAUAACACUUUCACGGGACCAGUACCGGGAACUUUAGGGGGACUAGCUAGAUUGACAGAAUUGCAAAUGGGUGGAAAUUUCUUCUCGGGGAACAUUCCAGUGGAGCUAGGUAGAUUAACUUCUCUUCAGAUUGCUCUCAAUAUCAGUCAUAACAAUCUCAGUGGAUCAAUCCCGGGUAAUUUGGGUAAUCUGCAGAUGCUAGAAUCACUUUACUUGAAUGACAACCAGCUUGUUGGUGAAAUUCCUGGUUCAAUAGGAGCGCUAAUGAGCCUAAAUGUAUGCAAUCUUUCUAAUAAUAAUCUGGUGGGAACAGUGCCAAACACUCCGGUUUUCCAGAGGAUGGAUUCCAGCAAUUUUGCAGGGAACAAUGGAUUAUGUAUAUUAGGUUCAAAUCAUUGCCAUUCAUUUUCAGCCCCUACAUCUGCUCCAAAUCCUAGUUGGUUGAAAAAAGGUUCCAAAGAAAAAAUAGUCAGCAUUGUUUCACUUACUAUCGGCCUGAUCUCAUUAACUUUUAUUGUGAGUGUUUGUUGGGCUAUAAGGCACCGUAAACCUUCUUUCGUUUCACUUGAAGAUCAACCGAAACCGGAUGUAUUGGAUGGCUAUUACUUUCCUAAUGAAGAUUUCACAUAUAUGGACCUUGUUGAAGCCACGGGGAAUUUUUCAGACAGUGCUGUCAUAGGACAGGGAGCCUGUGGCACUGUCUACAAGGCUGUAAUGACCAAUGGUGAAGUGAUUGCGGUUAAAAAGUUGAAAUCCAGAGGAGAAGGAGCCAGCUCAGACAACAGUUUUUGUGCUGAAAUUUCGACUUUGGGAAAGAUUAGGCACAAAAAUAUUGUGAAACUCUACGGAUUUUGCUACCAUCAGGACAACAAUCUUAUCUUAUACGAAUACAUGGCAAAUGGAAGUCUUGGAGAAGUACUUCAUGGGAAGGAGACAGAUUGUAUGCUUGAUUGGAAUGCCCGAUAUAAAAUUGCUCUUGGUGCUGCAGAGGGGUUAUGCUAUCUUCACAAUGACUGUAAACCUCAAAUCAUUCAUCGCGAUAUUAAAUCGAACAACAUUUUGCUUGAUGAAUAUUUCGAGGCACAUGUUGGAGAUUUUGGCUUGGCAAAGUUGAUCGACUUCUCCUCCUCAAAAUCAAUGUCUGCUGUUGCCGGUUCAUAUGGCUACAUUGCCCCUGAAUAUGCUUACACAAUGAAAGUGACAGAGAAAUGUGAUAUCUAUAGUUUCGGGGUAGUUUUGUUAGAACUGAUCACUGGAAGGUCCCCUGUCCAAUCCCUUGAUCAGGGUGGCGACCUAGUAACCUGGACGAGAAGAUCAAUUUCUAAAUUAGUAUCAUCUGACAUAUAUGAUCAACGGAUUGAUCUUAACGAGAAAAGGACAAUCAGAGAAAUGUCUUUAGUUCUUAAAAUCGCAUUGUUCUGCACCAACACAUCCCCACUCAACAGGCCUACCAUGCAUGAAGUCAUUGCAAUGCUGAUCGACGCCAGAGAGUCAGCAAGUGAUUCAUUAACAUCUCCAACAUCAGAAACUCCCUUGGAGGAAGAUGAGUUCAGUUAAGCUUUAGGGUGUCAUUAGAAGAGAAGGGGCUUUCACAAUUUUAUUUAUUCUUCUUCCUUGUUGGAUAAUGCACCAAGAAACUCUCCUCUUGGAAGCCUGCCCUGCCUGAUAAGAAGCUGGAAGCAGAGUCAAAUCACCUUACUUUUAGACUAUUUGUAAUAAAAAGGCUUAUCAUAAUUACCCCAUUCAUUCAGAAAUAAACAUUUUUGUCAUUAUUGUUUUCCAAUGAUGUGUUUAGUCUAGUUUAAGUUUUUAGACGAUAUAGUUUAAACAAGUUUCUAGAGAUCAGAUGGAAUAGAACAAUGUAGAUCAUGUUUGGCUGGGAUUAAAAUGAUAUUUUUUAUGACGUAUAAUGUAUUAAUGAAUUAAGGUGUAUUAUUUUUUA